UAACAUAAAAGAAUUUACAUUCUUAACUUCUAUGUGUUUUAUUGGUUUUAUCACAAAAAAAAAUUUUCUAUAAAUUCAAAUAUCCGUGUAAGACUGGUUGCAUGGUUUCGAGAAUGUCAUACCAAAAUUCAAAAUAAUGCAUACAGCAAGUACAAAUUAAAUAUUUAACUGAAAUAAAUACGGUUAUUUAUUACCAAACAUAGAUUUGCUUUCUACAAUGUAAUAUUCAGAAAAAUGUGUAUCUUCAUUUUUCAAAGCAAGCAAAUUUCAACGUCAGUUAACUGUUAUAAGCGUUCGCUGUUACAAUAAUUAUAAUCUAUUUAUUAUAUUCUUAUAAAUGUUCGAUACUAGGUUUGGCUCCAGACACAAUAAAAUCGAUUUAAAGGAAAGGUAUGUCAAACACAUAAAGUUAGAGGAUUUGAAGAAGCUGUACCAAGUUUUCGAAUUUAAAGAGCAGAUAGGUCAUGGUUCCUUUGGAAUAGUGGUUAAAGCAGUAGACAAAUCGACAAAUAAACAAUACGCUAUAAAAAUUAUUAACAAGUAUAACGUAUCUGCAAAUUUACAAGAAAUCCAUGAAGAAAUAAAAAUCCUUAAAUUCGUUUCCCACCCUAAUAUAAUAUUUUUGGAUAGAGUCUAUGAAACAGCUAAAAAGAUCUAUCUUGUGUUCGAACUUUGUAAUGAAACUUUGUUCAGUAGAUUUAAGAAUUCUUCUCAAUUUGCAGAGAAAAUUACCAAAAAACUAGCUCAGCAAAUUAUUGACGCUGUUAUUUAUCUACACAAACAUGAUAUUGUACACAGAGAUAUAAAAAUGGAGAAUAUACUAUUUGCCACAAAUCCGGAAGAUCCAAAGGAUGAGUAUUUCAUCAAAUUGAGUGAUUUCGGAUUAAGUGUAAUAAAAGUAGGUGCGGGCAUAAAAGGCAUGAUGCAAGACAGAGUUGGUACCAUUCUUUACAUGUCUCCAGAAAUCUUAUUGGAUCACACUUAUAGCGAGCUCUGUGACGAGUGGUCGAUAGGCGUAAUAAUAUACACAUUGAUUUUUGGUAGAUAUCCCUUUCAUGCCACAAACAAAGAAGAGUUAAUGAUUAAAAUAUGCGAAACAGAGCCCGAGUACCCAACAAAGACCGCAGGAAGCGACUGCAUCGAUUUAUUAAAAUCAGUCUUAAAGAAAGAUCCCGUGGAACGAAUAACAGCCUUAGAAAUGUCGAAACAUCCGUGGUUCGGGAAUACAGUACAGAGAAGGAAGGAUCAAACUGUUAUUGAUUACAUGAAGCAAUGGAAGAGUGAAAUGAUGACCAUCACUUCCAGUCAUUAUAGCAUAUCAGGAAUACCAAUUGUCCAAGAUGAAGUACUUACAGUUUCGGAUUAUGAAGUUGAUGUACAUAAAGUAUAAUGAGAUAUUUAGGUAACGAUUGUAACAAAAAAGGAAAAAAGUAUAGAGAAUAUAAAGUCUCGUAAAGAGAGAAUAAAAGGGCUCGGUUGGUGAAUAUUAUCAUGAAAUAAAUAUAUAUAAAAAUUAUGUGUACCUAAACGUUUUCUGCGAAUAAAUUACUUUAAAAUA